GUAGUCCUGUCAUAGCUAAGGACAAAAAUGACAUCGGGUACAAGAUCAAAGGGUACUAACUACAUGUGUAUAUAUGUUAUAAUUGUUGUUUGCGUCAUCCAGGUCUCUACGGCAUUGGACAAACAAACACGUGAAAGAAUCGACAGCUUCGUCCAGCAGGUACUAGAAUGUCGGAAUGUGCCUGCAAUGUCGAUGGCCGUGGUGGGGGGAUCGGAACCGGGAGACAUCUACGCCCGUGGGUAUGGACUGGCUGACCUCGAGAAAAACGUGACUGCAGACAGCGACACCAGGUUUGCUGUCGGCUCCGUGACAAAAGCUUUUACAAUUACCUUACUUGCAAGCCUGCUCACAGACUCCAAGGGACAAUAUUCUUGGGACACGCCGGUGCGGGACAUCAUGGGAGGUGACUUCCGUUUUGCAGACGAUGAGAGGACUAGAUCUGCUACGUUGCGAGAUCUUGCUGCACACAAGAUGGGUUUGUACUCGUACAUAUUGCCCACGAUAGCCGGACUGGACUCCUCACACACCGAUAUGGAUUACUGUAGGAGAAUGCGAUACUUGGAGCCUUAUAAAUCACCAAGGGAACCAACGACACAGUUGCGGACCAAGUUUAUUUACAGUAACGCAAUGUACAUGUUAUUAGGGUGUGUUGCCGAAAAGAUGGGUGGGGACACCUACGGCAAUUUGCUGCACAAACACAUACUAGAGCCUUUAAACAUGACGUCCGCAAUGUUAUUUCGUGAAGUGAAAAAUUGGACGUCUCCAGAAUUUGCCAUGCCAUAUGUCUUCUACAAUAAUUCUUUGACUCGCCUUAGCACGGAUGUUGCAGGGGGUCUUCAUCCAUUCGACGCAGCGGGUUCACUGUUGGCAUCUGGUGAGGACAUGGUAAAAUGGAUACGGUACCACCUCGGACUGAGUAGAGUCAUUCUGGCCGACCCGUCCCUGAUACAGCAAACUUAUCAGCCUCAAUUCAGCAUGGGUUCCAGAUCGCCCAACGGAGUUUUCAAACCGAAUUUUCCUUUCUCCGACGAGCCCUUUGCAUACAGCAUGGGGUGGAUGACCGGCAUGUACAGAGAUUUCCGGUACACGUCGCAUAACGGCCUUGUAUCUGGUUAUGGAUCUGAGCUUCGCCUGUAUGAUAACGCGAAGGCAGGAAUAUAUGUGGACACCAGCGGACCUAUGUACACUGACGCGUAUCUGGCACGUUUGGCGACGGUCUGGUUUAUCUCAGACCUUGUGCUGGGGAUGGAUCCUGUGUUGAAUGCAUCAACCGCCUGUACGUUUCCCCAACCAUUCGUUCCUGCUCCGACACCCGCCAACACGUCGAAUCGUUUCGCAGGGAAGGUUCCAUUGCCAGUUCCAGAACGCCAAGCGAAGCGUGCUGUUGGACAGUAUGGGCAUCCACUUUUUGGAAACGUCACCAUUUCGAAAAGCCCAUCAAAUCCGCAAUUUUUACACCUCAGUUUCGGGCGAUUGGUAACAUCCUGGCUUGGUUCUACUCCUUGGGCUGAUCCCAGGCGUCCAGAUUUACUGGGAGGAACGCUGAGGGGAAAGUUGUGGUAUUUUCUAGAAACUGGCCCUGUCCCAUUUCGAGAGCUCGGCGGGAUACUCUAUGUCUUAUUCCAAGGUGAACAUACUUCUGAAGAAAAAUUUAUCAAUCUCACUUUGCGCUUGUCCAUAAACAGUUUGCAAGCGCCAAUAACAUUCCAACGAGACCUAAUGUGGGAUGACGUCGACCUCAAUCCUGUCAAAACACCUCCAGAUUGUACAGCAUCAGCUGUCAAGUUGGUUUCCAGUCAUGUAAUAUUUGCCAUCAGCUGCAUCAGUACAAUACUUUUACGAAUUUUUGUUUAAUAAAUAAAGUUUAAU